AUGUCUUUAACGGAAGUGGCCGAGUACGCUGUGACUAUGUCCUGUCUGGGAUGCUCCAUGGUUUGUCUGCUGCUAACCGUCACCGCCUACACCGUGUUUCCGGUUUUACGCACGAGGGCAGGGAAAAACAACGUAGUGCUCUCGUUGAGUCUUAUGCUGGCUCAGGCUUCGCUCAUUGUCAGUUCGCACACCACAGCACCUGGCAUCCUGUGUACAACUAUCGGCAUUACAACCCAUUUCCUCUGGCUCUGGAUGUUCUCAUGGACUUUGGUCUGCAGCCAUCACAUGUUCAAAGUGUUCACGGCCAGGACUCCCGUCCUCCCCGGCACCCCACGGGAGCAGAACGUGGAGCUGAUGAAGACCGUUGGUCUCUCCCUCGCUGUCCCCACUGUGGUGUGUGUGGCCGUGGUGGCGACUCACCUGGUUGUGUACGACGGCACCAAGACAGGUUAUGGGGAGACUAGCUGCUACAUGGAUAACACGUUUCUCGUUGGGCUCUCUCUCGUGGGACCUUUAGCCGUGAUCAUCACCUGCAACCUGUCGUUUUUCCUGACCACCGUCUGCAUCAUCCACAAGACACGCCGCAUGCAAUCUGCCAUGUACUCCAGCAGCGACCUCGUCAAAGACGUGUUCAUCUACGCUAAACUCUCGACCAUUACAGGCGCCUUUUGGACUUUGGCCGUUGUAGCUGAGGCUUUGGAUGUCACUGCCUUAAGGUUUAUUUCAAUCGUCAUUAAUGGCCUACAGGGAGUGUUUAUCUUCCUCUCCUACACGUGCAACAAAAGAGUUCUCGAUUUGAUCGUCAUGUUUGUCUAUGGUCAUCGUGUGCCCAAUACAAUGUCCGCAGAGGCUACUGCUCCUUACUCAAUGUUGGAGCUCACCCAUAUUCGUCCACUUUAA